AUGGUGCGUGGCGUAGACAGGGCGCGCUCUACGACGCGGCUGCCAGCUGCGCUCCGUGAGGAGCUGGGCAUUGAGGAUGCUGCACAAAAGGGGCGUCCGGCCAAAAAGGCACGUCUCUUCAAAGUCAGUGCGCGUAAAGAAGCGCGCAAGGAACAGAGGCAAGCAAAGCAUGCGUCCAGAGCGCCCAAGCGGCGUCCAGCGCCUGUGGUCCCGAGUAAGGGGCCUCCUACGACGGAGGAGCAUGCAAAGAAACCUCUAUCAAAAGUAUCCCCGCCCCAAGGGGCGCCAGCACGCCUCGUCAUGGACCCCAUCACGGGCCAAAUGAGGUCCGCUCCAUCGUCGUCGUCUAAGCCCACGAAACUCGAGCGCAUGAUGCGAGCAGAUGACAGAACAUCUAAGGAACCAUCAAAACAGCAUAACAUCAGUGAGCUCGAGCGGCAAGAAGAGGACGAAAUUGCUUGGCUCGAGCACCAUUUGUACGGCAAAAAGGGCCCGUCGCAGAAAGAAGGCGACGAUGUGGAUGACCUGCUCGACGAUCUCAAUCGCUUUUACCCUGGCAUGUAUGAAGCGAGUGAAGGAGAAGCUGAUGAAGAUGACCUCGAAGGCAGCGACGCGUCCGAAGACCGACGCAGUGACGAGGAUCGCCCAGAGUGGGAGGAGCGUGGGCUGGUCGAGGACAGCCAAGAAGAAAGUUGGGACGAGCAAGAUGAUGCCAAGUGCGACGUGAAAGAGGAGCAUCUAUCGCAGGAAGACGAUACCGCUAAGGAUAUGCCACCGCCCAAGUAUGUCCCACCCGCACUUCGAGGCAAAGCCUCGGAUCCCACCUCGCUUGAACAGCAAAAACUGCGGCGCCACAUAAACGGUCAGCUCAACAGGCUGGCGGAGGGCAAUCUAGACACGAUUGUGUCUGAAUUGGACGCCCUGUACCAGACGUACUCGCGUGGUGACGUCACAGCCUACAUUACGGAGCAAUGCCUGGAUACCAUUACAGCCCAAAUGAAUUUGAGCGAGUCGAUUAUAGUGCUGUAUGCGGCUCUUCUCACGGCUAUGCACCGUAUCGUCGGCGCCGAGUUUGCUGCGCACGUUCUGCAAGUGUGCAUAUCGCGGUUUAUGACAACGUAUGGGCGCCUUCUUCAAGCAGACUCGCAUGCAUCGACUCGCGAGUGUGUGAAUCUCGUGACGUUGCUGUGCCACCUGUUUAAUGUAAAGAUGCUGUCGGACGUGAUUUUGUACGAUAUGGUGCGCCUGUUUCUUGGACAGAGCUUUGUGCACAUGGUGCCUGGUGUUGCCGACAAGAAGCCGAUCACAGAGAUGGACAUCGAGCUCCUCUUGCGGGUGGUACAGAGCAGUGGCCAGCAGCUUCGGCACGCGGAUGCCGAGUCACUCUCUGCGAUCGUGGAGCUGACGCAGCAAUGCAUGCAGGGUGCGCCUGUCGUAGCCGAGUCGAGCCGUGCUCGGUUCAUGCUGGAAGCGUUGAUACAUUUGAAGCAGAAAGGCAAGCACCUCGGCCGUGAUGUCUCCGCGACGGCAGAGAGUGUGCAGCGUCUAUCGAAGUACAUUUCGUCUCUUGAGCGCAAGCGCACAUUACGAGCGCAUUCCGCGCUGCAAGUAGGCUUGCAAGACUUGCAGGACGCCACACGGCACGGGCGAUGGUGGCUUGUCGGUGCCGCGUGGACGGGCAAGGAGAGAGAGCCGGCAUCUGUGCCGAUGUCAGAGCCUGAGGCGACGGACUCGCCCGGCCACGACUUAUCGCACCUAGCGCGCGCGCAAGGUAUGAAUACUGAGGCGCGCCGCAUGGUGUUUUCGGCGCUCAUGUCGAGUCUGGAUUACCAGGACGCGGCGCAUCAUGUGAUGCAGCUCAAGCUGAACGAUGUGCAGCGCCGCGAAGUGAUUCGCGUCUUGCUCCACUGCCUAGCCAACGAGCGCACGUUCAAUCCAUACUACGUGCUGGUAGGACAGCAGCUUGCCGACGACCACGUCGGUAUGCGCGUCACGAUGCAGUACGUGCUAUGGGACUACUUCCGUGAAUUGGGCGAGAAACACGUGGGCGGACACAAAGUCGUGCGUGAAGACGAGGAGGGCGAAGAGUAUGACGUCCACGUCGGCGAGCGCCUUCGCAAGCUGCUGCACAUGGCGCGUGCAUACGGCUACUGGAUCGCCCGAGGCGCUCUGACGCUGCUCGUGCUCAAGACCGUCGACUUUACGGCGCUGCACGAGGCGGGCACCCUGUUUUUGCAGCAUUUGCUGCUGCACACGUUUCUCAUGUCGCAGACGCGGUUGCCGAUGCUUACGCCGCGUGCACGCCAGAAUCUCUUGCGUGCACCGAGCCAGGUCGAUCGCGAGCGCAUCGAGCAGCUGCUGGUCAGAGGCACUGUCGGGCAGCCGCGGCUUGCACAGGGUCUCUUUGUGUUUUGCCAUAUGCAUCUGCCAAGGGAGACGCUGGCGACGCUGCUUGGUGACGAGGCGAUCGUGAGGCGCCUCGAGUGGACCGUGAAUGUCGCGAGAGACACGCUCAGUGUGGGUGCGGCGUCGGCGGAUGCGAGCGAUGCAUGA